GCUAAGGCCCCCCGCCGUUUGCAACCUCCUGUGUUUCACUGGGUUUAUUUUUUGCCAUCACCACUGUUCACAUCUAAGUGUCUAGACUGGCAGACUUGUUACUGUGCUUACUUACAUAGAGUACAGAUUUUGAAAUGCACUUUAGUAUAAAAUAGCAUCAAAUCAAACAAUAAAUUGUUUUUACUUGCAGUAUUUAUGUUCCAUCCCUGUUUUUCUGGCCCAGUGAGAGUGCAGUCAUAGGCAUAUGGAAGAUACAUUGUGCUAGAUUGGAGGAUACAUUAAUUGUACUUUGAAGGACACCCCUCCCUAUACUGCCCCCUUAUUUCUGACAGUUCCAGUACACAUUGCACCUUUAGGAGUUGGCUUGUACUCUUGACACUUGUGGGACUUGCAUAGUUUGGGAGCAUACAUGUACUGUAUAACCAUGCCAAGGGAAUCAUAAGUUAGAAUGGAGUCAUCAGACUGUUGUAUAUUUUUCCAUAGAUCUUCAGGGCCUGGAACCUGGAAUAGAUUGUAGUAUGUUCUCACUGUGGCAAUAUACAAAUGUUAGUGAAUCUAAAAAAGAUGACCAUGUUUUAAAAAAUAAUAUUAUAUUAAUAAAUGCGUGUCAACAACAAAUUAACAUUCUUCACAGAAGUAGGUCAGGGUAGCGCUAAAAUGAGCGUCACAAUAUUGCUAUGCUGACAUAUUUAGUGCAGAGAUGCCCAAUAUAAGAAAACGCCCACCAAAAUAUCUUGCGCACAGUUACAAAAACAAUCCCAGCCCCUUUCCAUUUGUUUUCCUUUUUGCCUUCAAGGUCCUCUACUCUUCCUCUGAUAUUAACACAAGUUAUUCCUGCAGUGGUAUUAUGUUACACCCCUUCCCACCCAAUCACAGCGCUCCCCAAAAUCCUCCAUCUCGCUCCCCACUAUAAAAAGUGGGAGACACCUCUCCCUCUUUGCGGUGCACCAUAUUUGCUUUAUAAUCAGCACGGGCCAUCAUUUUUUGGUCACAUGUGGAGUUUGUGGACUGGACUCAAGAGGGACAACUGGUUGUAGGGCAUCUUGAAAGCUUUUGGACAAUGCGAGAAGACAACUCCUCCCCGAUGGACAGUGCAGGGAACAGUGAGGAGGAGACCGAGCGGCAGCUGCCGCGGAGGGGCGCCAGGAAGCGGCGGGCUGCGACGCGCAGGAGCGCAGACGAACUGGACGAAAGCUUGGACGUGGAGAUUCCCAAGAAGAGACGUAGAAAGAGUUGUGACCGUGGAGGCGGUAGUAGCGGAGGCGGGGGUGGCAGCGUGGCAAGCGAAAGCAGCGAGGCCGGCAGCAGCAGCCCCGCUCGCUCCAUCGACGACCUGCAGAACCAGCGCGUCAUGGCCAACAUCCGAGAGCGCCAACGCACGCAGUCUCUCAACGAGGCUUUCACGUCGCUCCGGAAAAUCAUCCCCACACUGCCGUCGGACAAGCUUAGCAAAAUACAGACGCUCAAACUGGCCGCGCGGUACAUCGACUUCCUGUGUCAAGUUCUGCAAAGCGACGAGUUGGACGCGCGGGGAUCCAGCUGCAGCUACGUGGCGCACGAACGUCUCAGCUAUGCCUUCUCCGUGUGGAGAAUGGGGGACGCCUGCUCCGUGUCGACCACAACCCACUAGCGGGGCUACACUGGAACAGCAUGAUCAUGUGGCUCAGUCCAACUCUCCUGAAGACGGAACCAUGGAAAAGUGCAGCUGAGGCCCAGCUGUGAGCUUCAUUCCUCCUCCGAGAGCGGGAUGUGCGAUAUUUCCCGUUGCAGGGACUGUUAUGUUUGCAAGGGAGCACUUAUAGGACAAGACGGAUAUGAAGAAAGACCACUGCGACUAUAUGAAUGUUGUAACAACAAAAUGAACUGAGGAAAUGUUUUGAAACGAGAGAGAAACAACACAAUUCCUUUGACAUUCCUCGUGACAAUGUUUCACAGCAAAUGGAGUAUUUUGUAUUUAUUUUUCUACUGGUGAGAAAUCCGUUUGCCCCAAUUAAAUAAGAGUUAUUUAUUUUGGGGGUAUCACAGAAUGCUGUAUGGAUCUGUAGUCUGCACAUUCUGAACGUUGUAAAUAUUUGCUAAUAAACAAAUGAAAGUAA